AUGGUCAACAACUGUCAAAACGAUGGCGACCUGCUGAACAGCUGGUCCCAACACGUGCUUGCUGAGAUGCAGCACAGCAACUGUAACUUCGGCGAACGCGUUAUACGCGCGGACCAUGACUACGGAGCACUGGACGAUGUGUCUUGUCGGCAACAAGACAUGUUCUUCAACGAUUUGAACGUAUACGACGAGCAGAGCAGCAUCGCCAGUAGUCCUAUGUCUACGCUUUCCGGCUCGGCCGUGCAUUCGAACAACGAGGCUGUCAUCGAUGGCACGAUUGGAUUCAUCACGCAGCCGGGCCACCAGCAGCAGUACCUACAGUGGCAGGGAUCAGCAGAAGUUGCUUACAAGCAGAAUGUAUGCGGCGACUAA